AUGGGUCGCGAAAGAUACUCAUACGCAAAGCUCUGCCCACUAGAUGACCCAUCUAGAGAGCUUCGAGUUCUAGAAAUAAUCAACAACGAUAGCAAAACAAUCGAGGCUAGGUUGAUGAAGCUUCGGACCGGUGAGCACUAUAACACCUUGUCUUGGUGCUGGGGCGAGUCUGGUAAGCUCAACGAUGCAGAAAUUCGAAUCAUCCAGUCGAAUAAGUCAUAUACAUUUCCAGUCCCAGAAAAUCUAGAGUCUUCCAUACGAAUACUCCGAUCUCAUCGAAGACUUGGAGUUUGGAUUGACUACAUCUGCAUGGAUCAGGGAAACAUAGAUGAAAAAAAAAACUAUCAGGUCCCGAUGAUGGCCAGCAUCUAUGGACAGGCAGAAUGUGUCUUCGUGUGGCUGGGCAACGAGGAUGAAAACAGCGAACUAGCCAUCAAGUUUAUUCAAGACCGAGUCCUAAACCUGAAGGACUUCGAUCGCUUGAUUAGGGAUGAUCGCACGUUCGAAGAGUGGAAGGAUUUGGCAGAUGCCAUCUCUCUUUUCAACGAAGUCGAAAAAGGCACGCGUAAAGUAUCUGAAGUCAUGAGGCAUGACAGGGACCUUGGACAUAUGCCGGACUUCUUCGGUGACGUGUCUGAGUUAAGUGCCACGAAACCGGUAGAAGAGACGAAUAACCUCUUUCGGAGGCUCUCGGGGAAUGAACGACAAGCACAAUUCAACCUCGAUUAUCUCGUAGCAAAGCUGACGACGUUUGAUUCGACAGAGCCUCGUGAUACUAUAUACGCCCUCCUUGCCAUCGCGAGGGAUACGGUCCCUGUAACGACACGUCUAGAAAAGGAGGCGAUUCAAAACCCAUAUUACGUGGACUACAGUUUACCAUUAUCGGAUGUUUACAUCCAAUUUGUCAAAUGGGCUAUUGAGAGGUCUAAUAAGACGUAUGCUCUUGAUAUCAUUUGCCGAUCGUGGGCCCCGAUUCCAGAAUCCUCAACUGGCUCCGACGACGACGACGACGACUCAGAUGAUGAGGAGCGAGGCACUCGUUGGCGGCUGAAUACAAAUACAAAAUGA